AGCUGGUGCCUGAAGAUGGUGUGCAACCCCUGGUUUGAAAGAAUCAGUAUGCUGGUAAUUCUCCUGAACUGUGUCACUUUGGGCAUGUUCCACCCUUGUGAAGACAUGGGCUGCGACUCUCCACGCUGCAAGAUCCUCCAGAGUUUUGAUGAUUUUAUCUUUGCCUUCUUUGCGGUGGAAAUGAUAAUCAAGAUGAUUGCCUUGGGGAUCUUUGGGAAGAAGUGCUACCUGGGAGACACGUGGAAUCGUCUGGAUUUUUUUAUAGUUUUAGCUGGCAUGCUGGAAUACUCUUUGGACUUGCAGAAUGUCAGUUUCUCAGCUGUUCGGACAGUCAGGGUACUCCGGCCUUUGAGAGCCAUUAACAGAGUUCCUAGUAUGCGCAUCCUGGUCACCCUGCUUUUGGACACACUUCCUAUGUUGGGGAAUGUCCUCCUUCUCUGUUUCUUUGUUUUCUUCAUCUUUGGUAUUGUUGGAGUCCAGCUUUGGGCAGGGCUGCUUAGGAAUCGCUGCUUUCUACCUGAAAACUUCAGUCUGCCUUACACAUUGGAGAUGGAAUCCUACUAUCAGACAGAGAAUGAAGAUGAAAGCCCUUUUAUCUGCUCCCAGCCUCGAGAAAAUGGGAUGCGGGAUUGCCGCAGUGUUCCCAUACGGAGGGAGGAAGGCCUGGUGUGCACCUUGAACUAUUAUUCCUACAACGACACCAGCAACACUUCUUGUGUCAACUGGAACCAAUAUUACACAAACUGUUCUGCCGGGGAGCACAACCCUUUCAAAGGAGCUAUCAAUUUUGAUAACAUCGGAUAUGCAUGGAUUGCAAUAUUUCAGGUCAUCACCCUGGAGGGCUGGGUAGAUAUCAUGUACUUCGUUAUGGAUGCUCAUUCCUUCUACAACUUCAUCUAUUUCAUUCUCCUGAUCAUUGUGGGCUCUUUCUUCAUGAUAAAUCUCUGCCUUGUGGUCAUAGCAACCCAGUUCUCAGAGACCAAGCAGCGAGAGAGCCAGCUAAUGAAGGAGCAGCGAAUCCGCUACCUCUCCAACGCAAGCACGUUGGCUAGCUUUUCGGAGCCAGGAAGCUGUUAUGAUGAACUUCUCAAAUACCUUGUCUAUGUCCUUCGGAAGGCUGGCAAGCAAAUGAUGGAAACUUGCCAGACCACAGGGGUAAAGAUGGGCUUCCUCUCCAGCCCAGGCAGUAAGACCAGCACAGAGAGACAACCGUGCAAACAUCGUCCACGGAAAAGGUCAUCAGUGCAUCACCUCAUUCACCAUCACCAUCACCAUCACCACCACUAUCACCUAGGCAAUGGAAGCCUACGGGCCCCACGGGCCAGUCCAGAAAUUAGUGAUGUGGAAACCAGCUCCCUUCACAACGGUGCCAAUCGGUUGAUGCUUCCUUCAGUAGUCAAUCCUGCUCACAUGGCGCCUGGCAACACGGAAUCUGUGCAUAGUAUCUACCAUGCAGACUGUCAUUUUGAGCCAAUUCAUUGCCAAUCAUCUCUCCCUCAGACUGGUCUCAGUUUGCCAGGACCCGAGGUGCUUCCCAGGACUGUUGUUGGCAGCAAGGUUUACCCAACAGUAUACCCAAGUAGCUCCCAUGAGCUCCACAAAGGUUUGGCAGAGCCUGCAUUGAACCCCGGGGCUAGCACACUGAUGAAUCUUAACAUCCCUCCAGGGCCUUAUAGUCCGAUGCAGAAGAUAUUGGAAACACAGAGCACUGGCCCCUGCCAAAGUUCCUGCAAGAUUUCCAGCAAAGGGGGCAAACCUGAUAAUACUUGCAGCCCAGAAAGUUGUCCCUAUUGCACAAAAACCUUGGCGAACAACCCAGAGCAGAAGGAUCACGAGGCAGGAGACUCCGAUAGCGAUGCAGUAUACGAAUUCACCCAGGAUGCUCACUACAGUGACCAGCGAGACCCUCAGCGCCAGAAAGCUCAGGGAAGAAACACACGGAAAUUUCUAGCCUUCUGGAAGGUGGUUUGUGAGACAUUUCGGAAGAUUGUGGACAGCAAAUACUUUGGCCGUGGCAUCAUGAUCGCUAUCUUGAUCAAUACCCUCAGCAUGGGCAUUGAAUAUCAUGAGCAGCCAGAAGAACUCACCAAUGCUCUGGAAAUCAGCAAUAUUGUGUUUACUAGCCUCUUUGCCCUAGAGAUGCUUCUGAAGCUUCUGGUGUAUGGCCCUUUUGGUUACAUCAAAAAUCCCUACAAUAUCUUUGAUGGAAUCAUUGUAGUGAUCAGUGUGUGGGAGAUUGUUGGACAGCAAGGUGGAGGCUUGUCUGUUUUAAGAACCUUCCGUCUUAUGCGAGUUCUAAAACUAGUUCGGUUUAUGCCUGCUCUUCAGCGCCAAUUAGUGGUCCUCAUGAAAACAAUGGACAAUGUGGCCACCUUCUGUAUGUUACUGAUGCUCUUCAUCUUUAUCUUCAGUAUCCUUGGGAUGCAUCUUUUUGGGUGUAAGUUUGCCUCAGAGAGAGAUGGAGACACUCUCCCUGACAGAAAGAAUUUUGAUUCCUUGCUCUGGGCCAUUGUUACUGUUUUCCAGAUUCUGACCCAGGAAGACUGGAAUAAAGUCCUCUACAAUGGCAUGGCUUCUACCUCUUCCUGGGCCGCUCUUUACUUCAUAGCCCUCAUGACGUUUGGAAAUUACGUUCUCUUUAAUUUGUUGGUUGCUAUCUUGGUGGAAGGCUUUCAGACGGAGGAAAUCACCAAACGGGAAGCAGCGAGUAGGCAGUUAAGCUGUAUUCAGCUGCCUGUCGACUCGUCAGUGGGGGAUGCUACUAAGUCAGAUUCUGAGGGGGAACUUUUCCCCCAUAGUUUGGAAGAAGAGUGUGGACUUAAGAAAAAUUUUUCAAAUCCAGCUUUGAUGGCUCUUUGUGACCGUCCAGAGCUAAAGAAGAGCUUGACUCCCCCACUUAUCAUUCAUACGGCUGCUACACCCAUGUCCAUGCCAAAAAGUGCCAUCUAUGGAGAAGUGGCUCAGGACUAUGGUUCCCGAAGAGCCAGUGGCAUCUCCAUGGAUCCUAAUACAUUUGAUCUCAAAUCCCCGGUCAGUGCCCGGAGUUCUCCACAUAGCCCAUGGAGUGCAGGAAGUAGCUGGAACAGCCGCAGGUCGAGCUGGAACAGCAUUGGGCGGGCACCUAGCUUGAAACGCCGUACAAACCAGAGCAGUGAGCAUAAAUCGCUUUUGUCAGGGAAGCAGAGUUCAGAGGAAGGGGAAAGCUCGGACGAAGAGCAAUCCAGCAGGACUGGGAGCAUCAAUGGCUCUAUACCUCACCGCAUGGAGUCACUAGAAACCAAAGGCUCCUUUGACUUCCAAGAUACCCUGCAGGUGCCUUCUCUUUACCGGACCAGUAGCAUCCAUAGUAGCCACAGCUCUGCAGCAGACUACAAUGGCAAAGCCACCUCAAGAGUCCUGAUUCAACAGCUUCAUUUGGACGAUCCGCUCCCAGAAUGCGAUGACUUGGAUGAUGAAGGCAAUUUAAGUAAAAAGGAUCGCAUGAAGGUUUGGAUAAGGGCACGCCUCCCUUCCUGGUGCAAGGAGAGAGAUUCCUGGUCUGUCUACAUCUUUGCCCCUCAAUCUAAAUUCCGUGUCAUAUGCAAUAAAAUCAUUUCCCACAAGAUGUUUGAUCACAUCGUCUUGGUUAUCAUUUUCCUGAACUGUAUCACCAUUGCAAUGGAGCGUCCCAAAAUUGAGCCUCACAGUGCUGAACGGAUUUUCCUCACUCUCUCCAACUAUAUUUUCACAGCAGUGUUCUUGGCCGAAAUGACCAUAAAGGUGGUGGCUCUGGGCUUGUGCUUCGGAGAGAAAGCCUACUUGCAAAGCAGUUGGAAUAUUCUGGAUGGGGUACUGGUUCUCAUCUCUAUGGCUGACGUCUUGGUUUCAAUGGUAUCUGAUAGUGGAACAAAAAUCCUUGGAAUGCUAAGAGUUUUAAGGCUUUUGCGGACUCUGAGGCCAUUAAGGGUCAUCAGUCGGGCACAAGGGCUGAAGUUGGUUGUGGAAACCCUGAUGUCCUCCCUGAAACCCAUUGGAAAUAUUGUUGUGAUUUGCUGUGCUUUUUUCAUCAUUUUUGGCAUCUUGGGAGUCCAGCUGUUCAAGGGGAAGUUUUUUGUCUGCCAAGGCGAAGACACAAGGAACAUUACCAACAAGUCAGACUGUGCAGAAGCCAACUAUAAAUGGAUCCGGCACAAGUAUAAUUUUGAUAAUCUUGGCCAGGCUUUAAUGUCUUUAUUUGUUCUGGCGUCUAAAGAUGGGUGGGUGGACAUCAUGUACGAUGGAUUGGAUGCUGUAGGGGUAGACCAGCAGCCAGUCAUGAACUAUAACCCUUGGAUGCUCCUCUACUUUAUCUCCUUCCUGCUGAUUGUUGCCUUCUUUGUGCUCAAUAUGUUUGUUGGGGUCGUGGUGGAGAAUUUCCAUAAAUGUCGUCAGCAUCAGGAAGAAGAAGAAGCCAAGAGACGGGAAGAGAAGAGGCUCAAACGCCUGGAGAAAAAGAGAAGGAAAGCACAGUGUAAACCGUACUACUCUGAUUAUUCUCGCUUCCGACUUCUGAUUCACCAAAUGUGCACCACCCAUUAUCUGGAUUUAUUCAUCACAGGUGUGAUUGGGCUCAAUGUCAUCACCAUGGCCAUGGAACAUUACCACCAGCCCAAGAUUCUUGAGGAAGCUCUGAAGAUCUGCAAUUACAUUUUUACAAUCAUCUUUGUCAUGGAAUCAGUUUUCAAGCUCACUGCAUUUGGGUUUCGUCGGUUCUUUCAAGAUAGAUGGAAUCAAUUAGACCUAGCCAUUGUUCUCUUGUCCAUCAUGGGGAUCACGCUGGAAGAGAUUGAGGUGAAUGCAUCCCUGCCCAUCAACCCUACCAUUAUCCGCAUUAUGAGGGUCCUCAGGAUUGCUCGAGUGUUAAAAUUGCUGAAAAUGGCUGUAGGGAUGAGAGCUCUUCUGGAUACAGUCAUGCAAGCACUGCCUCAGGUGGGGAAUCUAGGUCUCCUCUUCAUGUUGUUGUUUUUCAUAUUUGCAGCUCUUGGAGUGGAGCUCUUUGGGGAUCUUGAAUGUGAUGAUACUCAUCCCUGCGAGGGUUUAGGGAGGCAUGCAACAUUUCGCAACUUUGGAAUGGCUUUCCUCACACUCUUCCGUGUAUCCACAGGAGACAAUUGGAAUGGGAUAAUGAAGGACACAUUGCGGGACUGCGAUGAGGAAUCCACCUGUUACAACACCGUCAUCUCGCCUAUCUACUUCGUCUCUUUUGUGCUGACAGCCCAGUUUGUCCUGGUGAAUGUGGUGAUUGCUGUUCUGAUGAAGCACCUGGAGGAGAGUAACAAGGAAGCCAAAGAAGAAGCAGAACUGGAGCUGGAGUUGGAAAUGGAAAUGAAGACAAUCACACCGGGUGUGCAGCCACCUUCGGACUCUUUCAUUUGGACAAGCGGUAACACAGGAGAACGGCCUGAGAGUCCUGGAGGAUAUGCCAACCCCAUGCAAAUCAAAGUGAAUUCUCAGCUGUCCAUGGUUCAUCCUAUGACUGAUCUUCCUUCCAUUAAUGACCCCCUGAUUCUCUCAUCAAACCAGGAUCUGCUGAGAGUAGGGAAGACUUCUGUGGGCCGCACCCACUCUUUGCCGAAUGACAGUUAUAUGUUUCAGGCUCCAGAUGCUGGCCCCUAUGAUGCUUCCUUGGGAGAAAAAAACUCAUCUCAUCAAAAAUCUCAGUCAGGGUCAACAACGUCAGUGCAGUCUCAGCCUGCGAGCACUGAUGCUGCUCUGCACAUUGCAAGAAACCGAUUCCACCGUCUCAAGCCCCAAUACAACCUUGACUGGGAGAGCAAACCCAACAUUGCUCCACCUGCGCGUUCUCCAUGUGCAGAACGCUUACUUCGCAGACAGAUGGCCAUACGGAACGACUCUUCAGAUACUCAUAGUUCAGAAAGCAGAGAGAACCUCCACGCUGAGGUGGGUGAGCUCUCUGAUUCCAAUUUGUCAGCCCCAUCCACCGAGGACCUUUCUAUCACUUUGACAUCCUCGGAAGCAAGAGAGUCUGCCAGCUGGGUCCGAUCAAGUGUUCACACUCAGCAACAUUCCCGCAAUCAAUAUAACAUCUCCAAGCAUGUUCCAGAUUUGUGUGCCUGUACAGACUCUCUUCAGGAACUACCUGGGGAUCCGAUGGACCAAGAAGUAUCAGAAAUAAACAGCUGUUUUACUUCAGGAACUUGUUCAGCCAUGAGUGCCUCAUCAGUGGUCCAGCCUGAGACCCCCAAGAGAAAUGUAGGCAACAGUGGCAAUGUUCCUUUGAAGGACCUGAAGAAAUGCUACAGUGUAGAUACACAAGGUCUUCUUAAAAAACCAUCAUCGUGGUUAGAUGAUCAAAGGAGACAUUCCAUAGAAAUUUGUUCCAUGGAAAACAGCCCCAAGCAUCAUUCCACAUCUAGUUCUUCUGGUUUUAUAAGCCAGGUCUUCAGUGAAAUGGAAGGCUUGCAAGGGACACGGCCAAAGAAAAAAAUGAGCCCCCCAUGUAUAUCCAUAGACCCUCCUGAGGAACAGAGGUUGCUACUAAGGAGGUCUUGCACCGCGUCCCCUUCCAGUGCAGAUGUUUGCUUGAGAAGACGUGCGCCAUCUUGGGACUCCAAGGACUCCGUGGAUGCAGGGGACUCCACCCUCCCAGACAGUCUGUCAAUAACUCCAACUCCAAAGAAAGACUUGUUGACGCUCCCUAGUUUUUCCUUUGAUCAACCAGAUGUCGACCCUUGA